CGAAGUUAUUGGCCCCAACGAGACCGACGGCAAGAUGGGACGCUACGAUGGCAUGAGCAGCGAAGAAGAAGGCGAGAUCAUCGAAGAGACGCCGCCGGUCAUGAAGAAGGCGCCCAUCGAAGCGGCGAUUGCAGCGCCUCCUGCAGAGGCGCCUCUUGUGGUCGCCGUUCAAGUCGCUCCUGACGCGCCUGCAAAAGCUGUGGCCGUGACCGCGCAGACGCCACCCACCGAUCGUUCGCUCGACACGCGGAAGCGUCAGCAGCCCGCGGAGCCGCGCCCACCACGCUCGCCUGAGAACAAGCGUCGCCGUACUGAGCCCGCUCGGCCUGCGCCGCCCAAAGACCAACCGCCGAUGAAGAAGCACGACUCGUUCUCAGCCGCGGAGAAGCAGAAGGAGCUCUCGCGCGUCCUUCGCGAGCCGUACCAAGCGCGCAGCAGUCGCGUGCUCCUCAACUUCAACCUCUGGCUCGCCGAAGCGCGGUUGGCGCAGGUGUACGCGCGGCUCGCGAUCGACGACGUCCAGACGAUCGUGACCAGUACGCUCAAGGGCGACGGUAACGGAAGCCCAUUCCUCGAGUCGUACGACGGUGUUGCGAGCCCAAGUAAAGUGUGCAUCGUGCUGGCGAAGGGCGUGCACCCCGACAUGCUCGGCCGGGCGGUCACGAGUCCGGACGUGGCCUUGCCCUUCUUCGAGUCGUGCUCGACGGUGCCUUGCGGUCUCGCGUCGGCAACGGCGCUCAAGGCGUCGCAAAAGCCCAAGGAAGUCGCGCUCUCCGAGUCGCUUUUUCGAUUUCCUCUCAGAACCACCGACCUCGAUCUGCUUUCACCGGACGAGCUCUUUGCUGGCUACGAGGUCACGCUCUUAGCGCAGUACACGUCAGAGUCGCGCGGCUGGACCGACGAGGUCGUGUUGCAGCCGUCCGGCGCCUUCUUCCGCAAGACGACGCAGCAGUCGGGCGAGUGGAAGCUCGACGGCGACCUCCUGCACUUGCACUGGACGUUUGCAAGAGCCGACGACGACGCGUCCAAGCCGCAGGUCGUGACGGCCAUCGACGUGCUCCUGGCCGAAGACGACCGCUUGCGCGUCUUCCGCACCAACGAUAUGCUCGACAAGCAGUACGGCCUCGCAUCCCUCGACCCAGAGAGACCUCUCGUGAAGCGGGCGCUCAAGGUCACGGUGCUUCGCGCGGCCAAAGUCAACGCAGCGCUGACAACACCAUCGUUGCCGUCGCUUUGGACCCACGAGCCAACGCUCGACGACUUUAUCCUGACGCCGGACGAGAUGAUCGCGUACGGAUACCCGAUGGACGCGACAGUCGAGCAGCAGUUGCUCAUGAAGGCGACCAAGAACAGCUCGAUGGACGUGUACAAAGCCACCAUGCGCAAGGACGAGACGCAGGACGACGCCGACGAAGAGAGGCUGUUUGCCCUCGACUGCGAAAUGUGCGAGACGGACCUCGGCUCGGAGCUCACGCGCGUGACGGUCGUCAACGCACAGGGCGAGACCGUCUACGACACGCUUGUGAAACCUCGGAGCACGAUUCUCAACUACCACACCGAGUUCAGCGGCAUUACCGCCGAGUCGCUCGCCGACGUCAAGACUACGUUGGACGACGUCCAAGCCCACUUGCUCUCGCUCGUCUCGGCCUCGACGCUGCUCGUUGGCCACUCGCUCGACAGCGACCUCAAGGCGCUUCGGCUCGUGCACCGUCGCGUCGCUGACACGGCCAUCUUGUUUCCGCACCAGCGCGGGUUCCCGUUCAAGCCGUCGCUCAAGGCGCUCGCGAGCACAUUUUUGAACGAGACGAUCCAGGACAUGGAGGGCGGCCACGACUCGGCGCAAGACGCGAUCGCCGCGCUCCGGCUCUUCCAGCUCAAGCGGCGCGACGGGCUCUGCCUUGGCCUGCCGACGCCGCCACUCUGCAGCCGCGCCUACACGACGCUGCUAGACGAGCUGCCGCAAGCGACCAAGCACUUUGGACGCGUGGGCGCCAGCGCCCUGCCCAAGCCAUGGGCACUCUACUCGAGCGGCGACCUCAACGACUUGCUGACGAGCGCCGUCACGAAUGCUCCGCCCACCGAUGUCGGUACCUACGACGCGCUGACGCUGACGCCCGACGCGUGCACCAAGGACUUGCUGUGGUAUGAAGUCGACGUCGCACCGAGCCGCGAUCCCAAGCUGUACAUGGACACGGUGCAGCUCUGGAAGCGCGCGCAGGUGGCGGCCAUCUCGGAGCUGGACGCGUCGCUGGCAACGCUCGCGUCCGAGCUCCCGCCCGAGACGCUGCUGCUCGUCUUGCCGCAGGCCGACCUCUCAAUCUACCGCUACAUGAAGGCGAUCCGGAUGAAGUCGCGCUGGAACGAGUGGGAGAGUGGCUGGACGGACGCCGACCAGUACUACCUCCAGUACGCGUACUCGGGUCUGCUCGACUCGGCUCUCUUUCUGAAGCGCACCAGUGGCUUGUAGCAAUGGAGAUAAGACGAUAUUAUUGGCAAUGGCAGUACAUUGUGUCCCAUGACUAGUCGGACUCGUCUUCGUCG